CGUCACAUGUUCUCUCUCUCUCUCUAAUUUUCCGGCGAAAAAAUGGCGGUGCGGCUGUCGCCGUGUGUCCAACACCACUUCUCGCUGCCUUCGACUUCCAAUAGAUGCCCUGGACUUCGCAGGCUCUCGGUUCGGAGCUCCAUCUCUACUCCAAACGAGUUCAGCAAGCUUGUGAUGGAUGUGAAAGAGAAACUUGAAAAAGAUCAUCAUAGUCUUCCUCUGGGAAAAAAUGGAAGAGAUGAUGAAGACAUGAUCCUCUGGUUCUUGAAGGACCGGAAAUUUGCUGUUGAAGAUGCUGUCUCAAAACUGGCUAAAGCAAUUAAAUGGCGUCAUGAAUUUGGUGUGUCAGAAUUGUCAGAAGAAUCAGUGAGAAGUGUAGCUGAAACUGGAAAAGCCUUUGUGCAUGACUUUCUUGAUGUCUAUGAGAGACCAGUGCUAAUUGUGGUGGCAUCCAAGCAUUUUCCAGCAAAACAAAAUCCUUCUGAGAAUGAGAAGCUGUGUGCCUUUUUAAUUGAGAAGGCAUUGAGUAAACUCCCAGCUCGAAAAGAGGAAAUACUUGGAAUAUUUGAUCUCCGAGGCUUUGGUACUGAGAAUGCGGAUAUUAAAUUCCUAACAUUUUUGUUUGAUGUAUUUUACAAUUACUAUCCAAAGCGGUUAGGUGAAGUCCUCUUUGUUGAAGCUCCCUUUGUAUUUAGGCCAAUCUGGCAGCUUGCCAAGCCCUUGUUAAAGUCAUAUGCUUCCCUGGUGAGAUUUUGCUCGGUGGCAGAGGUCAGAAAGGAGUAUUUUACAGAAUCUACAAUCCCAACCAUCUUUAGAGACUGAAGAUGCCCUCAUCUGCCUAAAACAAUUCGUGAAUGAUAGACCAAGUGUGGUUAUUUUUACAUUUAGUUGCUUCCUAGCUUAACAUGUCCCAAAAAUUCUAGGAGUUUUAUUCUAGCUUUUGACUACCUAACGUAAUAUUUCUCCUUUAUCCGGGCUUGGAACCAGCUGUGAUAGGGAGGAAUAUUCAACACUUUUUACUAAAGAGGUGUUUGCUAUCAUUUUAGGACAGAUUAGUCACCCAUUUUGUGGCCUUCUGAAAGGGCAAACAAAACUCACUUUUGAAGCUUAGUGUUUGUGUAUUAGUGACCAAUGUAACAUGUAAGCAGAGAGAGCGAGAGCUGUUUUAGCUAUUCAAGUGCUCUUCUUCUCCCCUUCUUCACAUUAACGAUGAAUCAUUAUCACGUUUAGACAA